AGCGCAGCCAAUGGGAGCGCGGGGCGUGUGGCGGCGGCGCGAUGGCGGCGGGGCUGUGCUGGCGGGCCGGGCUGCGCGCGGGGAGGCGGAGACUGGUGGAUUGUCCUCUGCCAGCUGGUGUUCCUAAGCUUAGUUAUCGCUUUGCAUCAUCACACAAGUAUGUUCCCAGACGGGCUGUGCUCUAUGUACCUGCAGAUGAUGAAAAGAAGAUAAGAAAAAUCCCAUCACUAAAUGUAGAUUGUGCAGUGUUGGACUGUGAAGAUGGUGUGGCUCUGAACAGAAAGAGAGAAGCAAGACUGAGCAUCGUGAAAACCCUUGAAGAGUUUGACUUUGGCCAUGCUGAAAAAUGUGUCAGGAUAAACUCUGUGUCCAGUGGCCUUGCAGAAGAAGAUCUAGAGGUGAUUUUGCAGUCCAAGACUCUUCCUUCAAGCAUGAUGCUGCCAAAGGUUGAAAAUGUUGAGGAAAUAAGAUGGUUUUCAGACAAAUUCUUGCAUCACCUAAAAGGCCGAACACUUGUAGAACCAAUGAAUUUUAUCCCCUUUGUGGAAACUGCAAUGGGCUUGCUGAAUUUUAAGGCUGUCUGUGAAGAAGCACUGAGAACAGGAUCCCAGGUUGGCUUUCAUUUGGAUGCAGUUGUCUUUGGAGGAGAGGAUUUCCGUGCCAGCAUAGGUGCAACAAGCAGUAAGGAAACUCAUGAUAUUCUAUAUGCCAGGCAAAAAAUAAUAGUCACAGCAAAGGCAUUUGGCCUUCAAGCAGUAGACCUUGUUUACAUUGAUUUCCAUGAUGAAGAUGGGCUCCGCAGGCAAUCGAGGGAAGGCGCCUCAAUGGGAUUCACCGGUAAGCAGGUGAUUCACCCCAACCAAAUUGCUGUUGUCCAAGAACAGUUCUCUCCGAGCCCUGAAAAAAUAAAGUGGGCGCAAGAACUGAUUUCUGCUUUUGAGGAACAUCAGCGAAUAGGCAAGGGAGCAUUUACUUUCCGUGGGAGCAUGAUCGACAUGCCAUUACUGAAGCAGGCACAGAACAUUGUUACACUUGCCACAGCCAUCAAGAAAAAAUGAGCUGAUCUGCCAUAGUUUGCUUGCUGGAAUUGCUACUUAUUAAAACUAUUCCCAACUCAAACCACUGCUCACUCCUGCAUGGCCCAUGUUCUACACAUAGCCUCCACUGAAUUUGCAUCAUCAAAUCUGUGACAUCACAGUAAUUACUGCAAAUGCGGUAGUAUGUCUUCACUGAAGGAGAAAGGCAAAACAUGAGCCCUGAGCUCUGUUGAAAGGGCAGAUGGAAACUAAUUCAAUUGUUUCUAUUUCUUUCUGUGCUUCUUCCUGCUCUGAUGCAGAGCUCCUGGCAGAAAGGAGAAAGCCUUGAAUAAUUAUGCACCCGUUGAAAUAACUGCGAUGAAAAUCUUCACCCUGUGUGAGCUUUGCUUUCCCCCCAACACCGCCCUUCUGUAAAUGUGCAACAGCCAUUAAAAAUAAUGCUCCAACAAUGCA